CCAGCGCCUCCCUCCCGGCUGUCCCUUGCGUGGGUCUGCGGCGCCUGGCACAGGCUGUGUGGCUCGAGCCCGGGCAGAGGCUCGGGCGGAGGGAUCCGCGGAGGCUCCGGGCUCGGAGGAAGGGACGGCUUCUGCGGCAGCACAAGAAGGGCGGGCGGCUGCAGGGUGAUGCGCCAACCGAUGUGAGGACGGGGACGGCGUCCACGGUGGCUGGCCCGGAAGCGGGGUGGGCCUUGGCCCUCUGCGCAUCCUCCCGGGGCCAGGCCACAACUGCCCACCUCCUCCUGUGCCGCCGACCCACACGACCUCACCCGCCGGGGCCCCGCCACCGCAGCCUCCCGCCAUGGCUCUCAAGAGAAUCCACAAGGAGCUGAACGACCUGGCGCAGGACCCCCCGGCACAGUGCUCAGCGGGCCCCGUCGGGGAAGACAUGUUCCACUGGCAGGCGACGAUCAUGGGCCCGAAUGACAGUCCCUAUCAGGGCGGGGCCUUCUUCCUGACCAUUGAUUUCCCAACAGAGUACCCCUUCAAACCACCCAAGGUGGAGUUUACGACAAGAAUCUAUCAUCCAAACGUCAACAGUAAUGGCAGCAUCUGUCUUGACAUCCUUCGCUCGCAGUGGUCGCCGGCACUGACCAUCUCCAAGGUGCUUCUGUCCAUCAGCUCUCUGCUGUGUGACCCCAAUCCCGACGACCCCCUCGUGCCUGAGAUCGCUCAGAUCUACAAGACAGACAGGGACAAGUACAACAGAACAGCUCGGGAGUGGACGCAGAAGUAUGCCAUGUGACCAAAGAGAUUAUUGGAAAUCCUCUACAAAUGAAGCUAGGGGAGCUCGGAAAGUCCUUUGGACUCCCAUUUGACUGUCUGCUGUGAACCCACGCCGCACCCGCUCCGUCCUUCCCGGUGCACAGCACAUUCUUCACCCAACACAGCACUGCUGCAGGGCGUCCGCACCAGAAAGACUGGACUGACUGUACCAACACUGUGCCAGCACCGGGGUGCUCUCGAGGCAGAACCGAGAUGUGAGAUUAAAAGUUUUCCUAACUGACUUCAAUGUGUGGAAGGCUGGUGGGUGCGCUACACGGCUUGGAAAGGAGAAAGAAAGCUCCACGAACCUGCAGGAGGUUGUGAGGCUGCUUUUAAGUGGAAGCCAUGUAAAUUUUUAAAAGCUAUGAAAAGCUAGGUGGAGAACAUGAAAGUUUCUGUACUCAUUUUAUUUCAUAACACCUAGAACUUAGAUGAGCAUUAGAGCCAACCAGAUUGAACCCAACCCACUUCCUGUAUUUUAAGGUCUAAUUGGUUUAGAAAAAUACCUGUAUUUUAAGGUCUAAUUGGUCAAGAAAAAUAGAUUGGUGCUAUGA